AUGGUCAAGCGUGGCAAGUGCGACUUCGCCACCAAGGUCCGCAACAUGCGGGACUCCAAGGCCUCGGGAGUCAUUGUCGGAAACCACGACGACAGCCUCUUUACCAUGAGCGCCGAGGGUGACACCAGCGACAUCAACAUCCCUGCCACCCUGGUCAUGGCCUCCUCCUACAACAUGCUGCUGAUCUCCGGCACGCCGGACGGCUCGCCCAUCGCCUUCCACACCGACGUCCUUCUCACAUCUGAUGUGUACUUGACGCUGCCGCUGAUGAACGUCCUAGUUCUGACGCUCUUUGCGCCGGCACUCGUGGUUCUCUUCCUCUAUGUUCUGUACCGGAUGCGCUCGCGCCAGCAGAAGAAGAAGGAGGUGGCCCCGGUUGCCGUGAUCAACAAGUUGCCGGUGCAAAUUUAUUCCUCCGCCGAGGCGGACAGCGCCGAGCCGACCCCCUGCUCCAUCUGUCUGGAUGACUUUGUCGACGGCGACCAGCUUCGCGUGCUUCCCUGCAAGCACAUCUUCCACAUCGACUGCGUGGACCCGUGGCUCACCACCCGCAAGCGCCUUUGUCCUCUGUGCAAGGCUGACUGCACUGACGAGGUAUCCAUCACCGGUGGCCCUGGCGGGGAGUCCCAAGCCGGUGGCUUUUACGGCUCCACCGGGGACGGUUACUCCUCGGCCAAUGCCUUUGGUGAGAUUGACCCCGAGAGCGCGGCCGGCGGUACCGGCAGCUCGAUCAACUACCAUUACACCACCGGCGACUACUCGCCGGACCCAGUUCAGGUGUACCCUGAGAGCGUGUCCGAGUCCGAGUCUGAGAGCAACCCUCUCAUCACGCAGGAGGCCUCUCUCUGA